AAGAUCCGCGAGACCAAGGCAUGUGCACCCUCGACAUCACGUUCGAGCAGAACGUCCAGCCAUCUGGCACGAAAUCCCUCGUGCCCCACCAGAAGCAGUCACAGACCCACACGGCGAACGCCGUCUGCUUUACGCUAGUGAGCGCGGACACCUGGCACAGGAGGCUUGGACAUCUCAAUGCUCGGAGCCUGGACAUCCUUCGGAAGGACACGGGUACCGGGGUGGACUAUCGCGACAGUCUCUCCCCUUGCGGGGUCUGCCAGAUCACGAAACACAAGCAGUCCCCCCACCCGAAGCAAUCGACUCGCGAACUAUCACGGCCUGGACAGCUUGUGGUCAUCGACAACAUGGGGCCUGUUAAUCCACCUGCGAAAUAUAAAGGAGGCUCCUUCCCGUACGCGUGCAAGAUCACCGACGACUACACGAAGAUGAAAGAAGUGUACCUGCUUCGCAAGAAAUCUGACACGACCGAGGCGGUGCACACGUACAACAUGUGCGUCGCAGCGGCAGGAGGCUACCGGAUCGAGACCAUCCGCUGCGACAAGGGAGGCGAGAACACCGGAUCCGAAUUUCGGGACUACUGCAAGAAUUCAGCUAUCAAGCUCGAAUACGCCGCCACCAACACCCCUCAACAAAUUGGUGUAUCGGAACGGGACGGACAAACCCUGGCCGGAGUCACCCGGUGUCUUCUGAAGGAUGGAGAUUUUCCGCCGUCCAUGUGGGGGGAGUUAAUGCUGACUGCAGCAUACCUGUUGAACAGGUCCCCACACUCAGCACUGGGAGGAGCUACGCCAUACUCGAAGUUGCACAAUAAGUCACCUGAUCUCUCGGGACUUCGGGUCAUUGGAGCGCGCGCCUUCGUACACCACGAGAGAUACCGAAAGAAGCUGGACGACAGAGCUUUCGAAGGCAAGCUAUGUGGUUUCGGCCUCGACAGCCAGACCUACCGGGUAUUGAAUCCAUCCAACGGGGCCGUGGUCGAGAGCCGGAAUGUGACUUUCAUCGAAUCUCCACCCCGCUCAGUGCCCUUCCAGUAUUCCACUGAAGCAAACGGGUACGAGAGCGACGUGCUGAGCUUCACCUCCCUGCUGGACAGCCCCCACUCGACGAGCGACCUGGACUUCACGGCGCAGAACGAACUCCUUCGGCAAGAAGUCCGGAAGAUGCAGCAAGACAAUCUCGCUCGGGAGAAGCUUCGCCUAGAACUGGACGGGCACGAGGACGAACAUGGAAACGGGCAAGAUCUCGGCGACGGGGACGCUCCAUCACCACAUCUCCCAUCGACGCCAGCUGGAUCGUCAUCCGAGACCCACGCAUCUAGCCCCAGUCCAUCAUCGUCGAACCCGACUGAACCGGACACUUCUGCAUCAACUGGAUCCUCCGGCAUGCGGCGCCUGCAAGUCACCAGAGCCAGCACGCGCGGGAAGCCCACCAGCGACGAUCAUAUCGACGUCAACUUGGUUCCUGCCAAUCUGGAAGUCACCAUGAACGACCGCGGUCGAGCCCAUGCUACAACGGGCCGCGUGGAGCCAUCCGCUCCCAUGCCCUGGCGAUACUGAGGAUUUCGCCCACGUUGCGGAAGACCCCUUCACGGUGCCGCGUGCUCACGCCUACGUCACGACCACUCACGAACACCACGGGAUCUUGGAGGAGACGAAUCAAGCGAUCAAAUCCCCAACACCUACGACGAAGUCAUGAGCUCUCCCCAGCC